AUUAGAUCGUCUGCAGCAUGGGUGAGUUUGAUACCUCGUCGGAUGUUCUGACUUUUGAAUGAACUUUCCAUCCAUGUUUGGGUUACAUAAAUUACUUAUGAACGGAAGUAUUUAAACCGUCUGUCUCGUACCUUAAGUUCCAUUCCUCAUCCCGACAUGAGGAUGCAUAAAAAGAACCAUGAUGUGUAUAAAAGCCAAAGGCGUGCUUCAGCUCGAUAUCACAACUAAGACCCGGCACAUCCUCCUCAAUUAAAAGUUGCUUAUUAUUUUGGCUGGUGUUCAUCUAGCAUGUGUAUUGUUUUCUGGAAGCACCUGUAGUUGCACUCAUCAGGCUACUUGCAUUCGGCUGUGCUAUAGUUUCUGACGCACCACUGCUUUGCUUAGUGACGGGCAUCUACGUAAAUUUUUGGAAUUAAAUUUUGGUAAGUUCGCAGGAUAAAACUCAGAUUUAUAUAUAAACUCCAAGCUGUAGCUAGAAUAAGUAUUUUCUGUUCAAUCAAAUAUUUCUGCACCAGAGUAUUCUAAUGCCAUGUGGUUCUUACAACUAUAAUUGUCCGAUUCCUCUCAACCUACCCGUCAUGUUAUCUAUGUAACGUUCGACUAACAGUUUAGUCAAUGAAGCCUAAUUCGUAAUUGUACUAUUAGAUCGGGAUAUGGUUGCUUCCCUCGACUACUAUAGCAUUCAAGAUAAACCACCGGUGUCUCACUACUGUUCAUCAAAACUACAGUGAUAUCAGGCACAAAAAAUGCUCAGAACGUUUUAGAAUGUAUGUAUUAACAAACUAAACUUUUUGUUUGCAAAAUGUGUCACGUUGCGGUCUCAGGGUAAUCAUGUCAUCUGACGGCUAGUGACCUGUUUUCUCAUUUAUUAAAACCUUAUUGGAUGUACUAAUUUCUCUUGAAGGUAUUGCUCGAGAUCGCAUUCAUAAAAGGGCUAAAACUGGAGCUCGUAGAGAGCGAAAUCGCAAAAAGAGAAAGUUCGAGUUAGGACGUCCAGCAGCAAUGACAAAGCUUGGAGCCAAACGUGUCCAUACAGUUCGUGUCCGAGGUGGAAAUAUAAAGCUCCGUGCAAUGCGUUUGGAUCAAGGGAAUUUCAGCUGGCCUUCUCAAGCUAUCUCACGGAAAACUAAAAUAAUUGAUGUUGUUUAUAAUGCUUCUAGUAAUGAACUUGUCCGAACAAAAACUCUUGUCAAGAGAGCAAUAGUUCAGAUCGACGGAGCCCCAUUCAGACAAUGGUUUGAAGCUCACUAUUUAAAAGAACUUGGUCGCCGUAAAGUCGUUAGUAAAAAAGGACACACAGUUACACAGGAAAACCCGGAGGAAGAUAUUUUGUUGAAGAAACGAAGCAAGUCAGCCUUGAAAAAGUAUGAAACUCGUCAGGCUUUGCCUCAAGCAAACGUAGAAGAACCUUUAAAAGAAGCAUUUGUUACGGGUCGUCUGUUAGCUUGUAUAUCCUCUAGACCUGGUCAAAUCGGUCGAGCAGAUGGUUAUAUUCUCGAAGGCAAAGAGUUGGAGUUUUAUUCAAAGAAACUAAAAGUUAAAAAAGCAAAAUAA